UAAGUGACGUGUACACAGUCGCCUUCACGAACUUCACGAAAAUCACACAUUUAUUACAGAUUUUAUGGACUUGUCGUCGACUCUUGUGUAAAAUAUUCUGGGAGUAUGUCUAUCCAUGUGGCACACCCGUCGGUGCGUAUGAAAGGCACUGAAGUUGACUGGACCCCACUGCAUUGCAUGGAUAGUGAAUGUUCCUAUACGAUAAAGGGACCCCAUCUUCAUUGUCCGUUCUGCACGUUGGAGACCAUGUUUAAUGACCAGCUCAUUCUCAAGGCUCACUACAGGGUCAAGCAUGUUGAUAAGGCAAUCGAGUUUGCUGGGUUGAAAAUCUUGCGGUGCUGUCGGAUGUGUGAUGUCCACGGAAUCAUCCAUCAGUUCAAACACUUCAAGGGUGCCCACUGGCAUUGCUACCACUGUCAUAAUGGGUUCAAUAGACGAGAUGAGGCUAUGAAGCAUUAUAAACAACACUUCCGCAACCCACAGACCACGCUACAAAUUGUUGUUGCUCAGGAUGUGAACCAAACGAUGGCAUCCUACACCAGCCAAGUUGCAAACAGCACUAGCCUGGAGUCGCACCUCAUUGUACAGUCUAUGGAGGGAAGAAUAGAUAGGGUUGACACAUCCCCAGGCUAUGAGGAAAACAGUGGGCAACAAAUUGAGUGUGUGGGAAGUGAUGUUCCUAGUCAGAGCACUGACAAUGGAGAGGAAACAAUAGUGCUGAUUGAGAUCCCCGAAGGGUCUGAGAAAGAAGAUACAGGUCCAGCUGCCUGCUUCUCAGAGCACAGUGGCGCCAUCAAUCUCACACUCUUGCAUGAGAAGGAACGGCUUGAGAAACAACUACAAGAGGAGAGGAGAAAGUGGAAUAAGACAGAGCAGAAGAUGAAGGACACUAUAGAGAGAUUGAGGGCUAAGGUCAAAUAUUUCUCCAACACAAACACAGCCUUAAAACAGCAGCUGACUGCUAUGCACUCUUCCAGUUUGAAGCGUCUAACAAAUGGCACAGUUCAACAGUCCAUGCUGCAGGAGCUGGUGCAGCAUCUAUCAGAGGAGCACACACAACUACUUCACCACCAUCUGGCACAGCUGAGACUUUAUGCUGAAUUGGGAGAGCUUUCCAAGACAGUGUCAAGUGAGGAAGAGUCAGUCUCAACGGCAGAUGGGGAUCUGGUACCAGCAGAUCUUGGCAGUAUCCAAUCUCAAAACAUUCAAGGUAUUAUGAUGAUGCCUACAGACUCUGUUAGCACCCUGGAAAACAUGGAGCAGACAGUUGUCAUGACUAUCACAUCAGAGAAUGACUUGGUUGAGAGCCAAGUAGAGGGGAACAUCCAGACCAAAGACUCGCUCUCUGAGCUUCAGAAUGAUGUCCAGAUGCUCUCCAAUGAUGACAAGGUGUCGUACGAACUUUCAGCCAGUGGUUUGUCAUCGACUGGCAAUACAUGCGAUUCUGCAAAUACUCCACAAGAGUUUGACAAGCACAAGAGAUUGAAAUUGAUUUUAUCAGAUGGCACGGCAGCCAAAAUAUUCAGUACAGCCAGCUUGGACAAACGGUCUUUUGAGGAUGACGUUCCAAGUGGUGAACCUCCUCUUAAGAGAGGCAGGACUAGAAUUUUUAAGGUGAAUUGAUGGAUCUUGCAGGUCUUCAACCCAAGAUGUUAGAGGUGGUAUAAAUACUAUGGCUUAACCUUCAAGAUGGGUUGUCACCAGAUGAUGUCCCAAAUGCUGCAAUCUAGCUCAAACUCUAGGUGGCUAUGAGUUAAUUCUUGGAGUUGUCCCACACCAAUCAAAGACCUCUAGCAUCGGCCUGGGUAUAGAUGGUGUUCCUUAACAGCACUGUCAAUCGAAUCAGGACUGGUCUAGGAAGACUUGGAUGUUGAUGGAGUGAAGAAAGAAGGGUAAAUCAAGACUGCAAAAUCAUUGAUGGAGUGCAACAUAUUGUGACAGGACGCGGUGAACGAACUGCAUGUAAAUUGAAAGUGUAAUCCAGGGCAAAACAGUCACCUCUUGAAUAUGCAGGAUGAUUGAAAUACUUGCCGACAGGAAAAGAGAUGAGGCCAACUCAUUUACAGCCAAGCUGUUUACAAAGAUGAACUGACUAGGGAUCAUGUUAUAGAAAUGGAGACAGUCAUGAUAGAGAGUAGAGACAAAACUUUAUAUGAAGAGUAAGUUUACGGUAGUGUUCUGUGUGCAAAAUAUUUUGGUGCUCCACUCUUAUUUUUUUUAAGUACUAUUUAUUUAAAUGCAUUGUGGCUAAGAUCAGGCAAUUGUUUGAUGGGACAAACCUGAAUAGAUAAAAUGAUGAUCUAGCGGAGUCGAGUAAGUUUCAAAAAAUCCGGAUGCCUGCUUCAUUUUACAGACUUUUAACACAUGCAGGUUAUCAGUGUUGCAAAUUGAUGUGAAGGGGUGAUUUUGGAACAUUGCUGUAGUGAAAUUGGAGCAGGGAAAAUCUUGAAGAUGGCACUACUCUGUAAGUACAUAUUCUCUCUGUCUUAAUAAAAAAACAGUUUACAUGUAUAGUAAAAAAUCAUUUUGACAACUGUUUUGUAUUCUUUGUAUGAUACAUGAGCAGUCAAUAGGUGAAAAUAAUGGGAGCGUACAAGUGCGCAAUGCAAAGCCUAACGCGAUGUAGGAUCCUGGUUGGCUUAAAGGCAGUGGACACUAUUGGUAAUUACUCCAAAUAAUUAUCAGCAUAAAACCUCACUUGGUAACGAGU